GUACUUUGAAAUCAAAAACUGAAAGUUGAAAUUUAUAUCUCUAACUUCAACUUCAACUACAACAGAUCAAAACAUAUACAAGAUGGAAGCUAGUCAAAUAAGGAUAGAUGCAACAUUGUUAGAAACACACAAGGGUCAACUUGUGCGUUUGAUAGGGAAAGUUCAAAGUUACGAUACAUCUAGAGCUGCUGGUGUUGUCGAUAGUAAUGGUGAAGUGAGAAUACAAAUUCAAGAUUCAAACGAAUACCCAAGUGUUGGUAAGAUUUAUGAAUUCAUAGGAAAAGUGAGUUCUAAUAGUUUGGAUGUAACUGUUUAUUCCAUAGUAGAAUUGUCAGAUAAUACCAAUUUAGAUGUGGCUCAAAAGUUGGUGCAUUAUGUUCAUAAAGUUCCAGAAUUAUAUUAUUGAGAGAGUUAUUGAUCAUUCUAUACGUGUAUAUUUCUAA